GCCAACUUCAUCCGACGACGUCUUUAUCUUUGAGAGCGAAGUUGCCUGGCCUUAAGGAGAAUAUGGACCAAUGAUGCGAUAUGACGACGAAGCGAUUUCAACAAUGCGACAAAUUUGAUUUAUGAUCACAUUCAUUUCGAAAAUCUCCUGAACGAUGUCAUGGAUGCGACAGCAGCCCGAUGGCACCAACCACGUCAAUGGCAAUCAAAACAUGCUAGGAACGCGCUUCGAUUACAAUUCGAGUCGAGACACAAGCGCCGACAGCCGAAGUCGUUCUCGAGGGCCCGAGGGCUAUAAUGGUCUGGGUGUAUCCCAUGGUGGUGAUCGGGGACAAGGUGGUGGAAGAGCAGAGCGAAAUCAUGCAGUGCGAAGGAGCAGGGACUUGGGCUCAAAUCAAAGCGGGAGCAGAUCAAGAUCGAAUGCAAGAUAUGGCUCGGCGAGCGCGCAGGUCGAAGAUCUGCUUCGAUUUAUCGAGCAACAAUGGUCUUCCAUGGCCUCGGAUAAUUGCAUUCCAGUGAAAGUUGCGCUACAGCUCAUGGACUCGUCAUCGCUCGGCCUAGCAGACCAGUACGAUCAAUUUCUUGAAGUGCAUAAACAGCUCAAGAAUGCACUGAAAGUCAUCGUAAACGAGCACCAUCAGGGUUUCAACAGCAGUAUCGGUACCUUUCACAAAAUCCAAGCAGCAAUCCAUGCCUCGCAACUACGAGUGCGUGCACUCAGAGCAGGCUUGGUACAAGCAAAAAACAGCUUGUCCACUGCGAAACCUGAGCUCAGAGCAUUCGCACAGACCAGCCAAGGCUAUGACACGAUGUUACAAGUUCUGGGCACCAUCGAGCAGCUUCAGCAAGUACCUGAGAAGUUGGAGGCUCAGAUCUCCGAGAAACGAUUCAUCGGUGCUGUGGACACCUUGCUUGAAGCAUUGAAGCUCAUUCGAAAGCCCGAGAUGGAAGAGAUUGGUGCGCUGAGUGACCUCCGCGUUUACCUCAGUAACCAGGAGCAUUCACUUGCCGAUAUCCUGAUUGAGGAGCUUCAUAACCACUUAUACCUUAAAAGUCCUUAUUGUGAGGAACGAUGGAAGGCUCACAUGAAAAGAGAUAGCACAAAUCCAGGCCUUGGCGACGGCGAGAAAUCAAUGCAUAUAUUCUUGGAAAAUUUCAACGGCUCUAAAGCGAUGGCAGAAGACACAUCUCGGAAUCCGGAGGCAGAUACUUUUUACUACAUUCAGCUGAUUUUGGAAUCGUUGAACAAGCUCUCGAGGCUUGAGUUCGCAGUGAACUCGAUCGAGCAUCGUCUGCCGGUAGAGCUGUUCAAGGUAGUGGAAAGGUCGCAUGUUGAGGUCGAGCAACGGCAUCCAGCCAUCAUGCGAGCCGCUGGUAGGAGCCAACAGAAGAAGGUCGGCGUACAUGAUGGGACCGACAAUGAAAAGAAAGCAACUCUGGAAGAUCUGCUUUCCACAUUAUUCGCCAAGUACGAAGCGAUCGCCGAGGGUCAUCGUGUGCUUCACGAUGUCACUGCGGCGAUCAUCCGAAGGGAAGGCUACGAUGACGCGGCUACGUUGAAUCGAAGCUUUCGAGAACUGUGGAAGCUUCUACAGAGCGAGAUCCGGUCUCUAUUGCACGAUCACCUGGCGACAAAAGGCGAUAUCAGUCACCGAGCGCGUCAUGAUAAUGGCCCCAGCGCGAAUAUAUUCCGGGUUCAACCACGUGAUCGAUCACGCAAGAUCUUCAAGCUGUCGGACACUGACAGCAAAUCUGCAGAGCUGACUACAGAACGAGAGGACCUCGAGUUCAUCCUGAAGGCAUCGGUCCCUGGCCUCGUGGGUACGAACCAGUUGCAUGUCAAGGAGGAAAGUAGCGCUGUCACAGACAUGUCUGCCACAGGCCACAAACUGCUGGUAGAGCCCAGCGUCUUCAACAUGGGCAUUCUGUUGCGACCGUCUUUAGAUUUCCUCAAGCGUCUCAAAGAGGUCGUUCCCGCCAACUCAGGCGUGGUCUCUAAUACCCUGACCUCAUUCCUGGACGACUUCCUUGUGAAUGUCUUUUAUCCGCAACUCGACGAGACACUCCUGGAUCUUUGCAGUCGAAGCAUGACCGAGAUGGACGCAUUCCAGCCCGACCCACAAUGGCAUCUCUACGCUCAAAAACCAAUCUUCAGCGGGACAGCGCGAUUCUAUGAACUCGUCGAAGCCUUCUGUGUCAUGCUCGACGCACUGCCACAUGAUCAGAGCUUCAGUCAGCUGCUCAUCACACAAAUGCGUGCUUAUUACGACAAGUGCUAUCAAUGGUCUAAGACUCUUCUUCAACGUGCUCAGCUAGCGCCAGAAGAUCAAGGCAAAUUACGUCUUGCAGCAGAGAUCACAUCAUCAGAAGAGAAUCCCAUCAACGCCGUGGUCGUCGAUGUUCUCCGCGCCGCCACCCCAGAUUACAGAAACAUCCUCGCUGACAAAGAAUCGUCUUUGCUGCUCCAACUCGUCAAAACCCGGCGCCUGGACGAAGCCGACCUCAUCGUCGACCGCAAAACCCUCUCCUCCCUCUGCACCCUCCAAGUCAGCCUGAAAUGGCUUGCCACCAAGUGCCAAUCGCUGCGCUACAUUUCCCCCCGCGCGAUCGACACCUCCAACCUCCAAUCGCACCACACGCGACGCUGGACGCAGAACUUCAACAUGGGCUCCGCGCCCGACGGCGCCUACCUGCCGUUAGACAGCGAAACCGCCAAGCAAUUCGACGGCGUCGUGACGUCCUUCACUGAACUCAGCCUCUCCACCCUGCGCACCCUGCACAUCGACCUGCGCCUGCACCUCCUCCACGGCAUCUACGCCUCCAUGGACACCAGCUACGCCCUCGGGCAGCCCUACAACGACCCCAACCCCGCGAUCCUGCACCUCUCCACCUCCCUGGGAACCUACGACGCCGUCAUCACCGCCCACCUGCUCCCGACGCAAUACGCCUUCCUGACCGCCCACCUGCACAUCCUGGCCAACAGCGCCCUGACGAGUCUGGUGGGCUGCAUCUCCGCCAUGGACGACCAUGGCUGUGCGCGCAUGCAGCUGAACGUGCUCGUGCUGCAACAGAGCCUCAAGGCGGCGAUGCAGCAGGACGCGAAUCUGGAGAUCGCGGGGAGAUUUUAUGCCCUCGCCGAGGAUGGCCCGGCUUUGAUUGCGAAGGAGGGUCCCAGGGGCGGGUAUGCCAGGGAGGAUCUCAAGGCGCUGGUGAGGUUGUGUUGGGACAACCAGCGCGAUGCGAAGUUGGGGAACGUGGAUGAGUUCGUGAACCGUCUUGGCUAGGGAAAAGGAGGUGGCUGAGGGUGUUGGAAUUGUCGCGAUUUAUCUGAGACUACAUACGUCUUGGCCCAUUGGCAAAUUUGGUCUUGUUUUUCCCAUGGUUACAUGAAUGUUCAUAACGAUCGAGAUCGAUCGAGAUGGGACCGAAGCAAUUGAGAAAAGCGGGAUCCUACCAAUCCAUAAAUCACAAGGUGCUUGAGUUCUUGCAGAAGAACAUGUCAUAUUGUGCUACCCAAGCCACAACUAGAAUUCCACCAGUACUGUCGUAUGAAGACUGCGAUCUCAAAGUGAUACCACCAUCCAUGUUAACCACUCCUCAUGAACCCCAAUCAAACCAGGU